CGCGGCCGCUCCGGCCAUGGCCCCCCGGAGCCCUGCCCGCCCAGGGGUCGCUGUCGCCUGCGGCUGGCUCCUCACCGAUUCUUCACAAACAGGAGAGCAAGGGAACACUUAGGGAGUGCGACUUGAGCAUUAAAACACGGGACUCUCCAGCGAGCAUCUACCACCUCUCUUCGGGGAUUUACGGUCGGGAGCGCCUCUCCGCUUACUGCGCCUGCGCACGCGCAAGGUGCGGCUCCGCCUCCCCUAGGACGUCAAACGUGCGCCGGGAGGGGGCACUGAGGGCGUGAGUUGCGCAUGCGCCCUCAUUGCAUCAGCCGCUCGGCGCUGGAGGCAGGAACCGCGGACAGGACCCUGUUAGGUAAGGUGCUUCUCGUGCCCUUCUGUCGCGGCGCGCCCCAAGGCUAAGCGAGGUAGGACUGGAGUAAGUGUUUCUCUCUGCUGCUUCAGUCGGAGCUAGUCUUUCCUCCCUCCACCCAGCGCUCCUAGGAACCCCGUAGACAGGCCCCGCCCCCUUCCUGGCUGGGACUCCCCGUCCCCUCCCUGCGGGGACCCCGCGGUCCCUUUGGUCGGACCCCGCGCCCCUGCCGGAACCAUGAAGCUCGUGAGGAAGGACAUUGAGAAAGAUAAUGCGGGCCAGGUGACCCUGGUCCCCGAGGAGCCCGAGGACAUGUGGCACACCUACAACCUGGUGCAGGUGGGCGACAGCCUGCGCGCCUCCACCAUCCGUAAGGUGCAGACCGAGUCGUCCACGGGCAGCGUGGGCAGCAACCGCGUGCGCACCACGCUCACCCUCUGCGUGGAGGCCAUCGACUUCGACUCGCAGGCCUGUCAGCUGCGGGUGAAGGGCACCAACAUCCAGGAGAACGAGUACGUGAAGAUGGGGGCGUACCACACCAUCGAGCUGGAGCCCAACCGCCAGUUCACGCUGGCCAAGAAGCAGUGGGACAGCGUGGUGCUGGAGCGCAUCGAGCAGGCCUGCGACCCGGCCUGGAGCGCCGACGUGGCGGCCGUGGUCAUGCAGGAGGGCCUGGCGCACGUCUGCCUGGUCACGCCCAGCAUGACCCUCACACGGGCCAAGGUGGAGGUGAACAUCCCUCGGAAACGCAAGGGCAACUGCGCCCAGCACGACCGGGCCCUGGAGCGCUUCUACGAGCAGGUGGUCCAGGCCAUCCAGCGCCACAUCAACUUCGAUGUUGUGAAGUGCGUCCUGGUGGCCAGCCCCGGGUUUGUGCGGGAGCAGUUCUGCGACUACAUGUUUCAGCAAGCCGUGAAGACGGACAACAAACUGCUCCUGGAAAACCGGUCCAAAUUCCUUCAGGUACAUGCCUCCUCCGGACACAAGUACGCCCUCAAGGAGGCCCUUUGUGACCCUACGGUGGCGAGCCGCCUUUCAGACACGAAAGCUGCUGGCGAAGUGAAGGCCUUGGAUGACUUCUAUAAAAUGUUACAGCACGAACCUGACCGAGCUUUUUAUGGACUCAAGCAGGUGGAGAAGGCCAACGAGGCCCUGGCUAUAGACACUCUGCUCAUCAGCGACGAGCUGUUCAGGCACCAGGACGUGGCCACGCGGAGCCGCUACGUGCGGCUGGUGGACAGCGUGAAGGAGAACGCCGGCACUGUCAGGAUAUUCUCCAGCCUGCACGUCUCGGGGGAGCAGCUCAGCCAGUUGACGGGAGUGGCCGCCAUUCUCCGCUUCCCUGUCCCCGAACUCUCUGACCAAGAGGAGGACUCCAGUUCCGAAGAAGACGAAUGACUGGAACCGUCCUUGAGACUCCUCAGCGGCUGAGUUUUCUCAGCAUCCCUGUCACAGAGCACUCUGUGACUGUCCCGCAGAGCUGUCACACUAGGUAUUUUGUGGCUGGCAGGACCUGUAUUUAAAAUGAAACAAUAAAUUAAAAGGAAAUCAUCCUUUUGUACUACCAUGUUUGUUGACCAGAAUAAUCUUAUCUAGAAAUCAUGAGUUAUUUGCAGCACUUGGAAACAUUUUGUGUAUUUAUGCUUGAUCUUAGUCAAA